AUGUAUGCCAUGAUUAGCACUAGACCUGAUUUAUCAUUUGCAAUCUCUUUACUUAGUCGAUUUAUGUCAAAUCCUGGUAGUGAACAUUGGGCUGCUUUGAAAUGGUUGUUGAGAUAUAUAAAUAGUUCACUACAUGUUGGCUUAAACUAUUCAAAAGGAAAUAAUUCACUUGAUCUGGUGGGAUUUGUAGACUCUAAUUUUGCAGGUGACAGGGACACAAGGAAGUCUACAACAUCCUACUAUUUUACCCUUACGGAAAAUUGUGUUAGUUGGAAGUCUCAAUUGCAGCAACUUGUAGCACUGUCCACAACAGAAGCUGAAUAUGUGGCAGUGACUAAUAUCUUCAAAGAGGCGCUAUGGCUCCAAGGAAUCUUGAAGGAAGCCAAGUUAGUAGACAGCAUGACAAUUGUGUAUUCAGAUAGCUAG